AUGUUGUCCAGCUUCGGCAUCACAGAUCGCCCUUCGCAAACCGAACAGCGUUCCUACGACCCCGCAUCUUUGGAUAUUUGCGGGCCUCCAGCGAAAUCGGAUGACUUCACCUCCUCGACAUCAGAAGGACUCACGACGCGGGCUCGAAAUUCGACGACGGCCCUCGAUCGAACGGACGACUGGAGAAUCCGGCCACACAGGCUGGCCGAUGGCACAAUCGGCGACCCUGCUAGUGUUUACACUUCCAUCAGGGGCAUGUCGGACACUGACCUGGACUUGUCAGAUUCGGUUGGCGCUCCGCAAAGCGCAUCGUAUCCUCAGUGUGUUGAUGUCCUCGGACUAUGCCAGGAUCUUCAAGGGCAUAGCCAUGGGUCUCAGCCUUUUCUCAUUUCACCAAGUAACGGUCUUACCAUUUCCCAAUGGAGCGAUUUGCAAGGUUUCAGCAAUGCAGAACUUGACUUGUCCCAAAUUGCAACAAACCUCCUCUCCUCUAAGGACAGCAGUUUCGAGAAGAAUCAAAUUCAUGUCGAUCUGGGCUACAGUUGGUUCACUGAAAGGGGACCCAAGCGCAAACACGCAUACAUUUGGCAAUGCUGCAAUUGCGGCCAGGGUGGCAUCUCCAUCAAGUCUGAAGCUUGCCGUAGCUGUGGUUAUCCUCGCUGCGCUUAUUGUCCCGUCUCGAAAGUCCGUGUUUAG